AUGUCAGAGCAACUAGCAAAACAAAUACAGCUAUCUAACAUAGAUCAUAAUUCCAAUAUCUUAUUGUACGUAACCGAUAUUAAGAUUAAUGAGUUAGGUAUCGACAAAAGUAACAGUAAGAUUAAGUCAUUAACAAAUAUAAACCCAUAUUUCGGUUUGAGUGAAAGUUUUUACAGACAAUUAUUGGACUCGGUGUUAUCCAACCCUUUACAAAAUGUUUCUAAUUUAGUUGAUACUUUAGCUAGCAUUAAACAAAAAUUACUCUAUACGGGACUAUUUUCCAGUAUUACCAUUGAUUUGGACUUGUCAGAAAAAACCAAGAAUGUUCCAAACAAUAGUUUUGGUUCCUCGAUCAAACCAUUGCCUUUAACUGCUAUGAUUUCAUUAACUCCAUUCCCUCAUAACAAAUUUCAAUCAACCAGUUCCACCUCUAGUUCUGAUAAUUCUUUAUUAACUCAAUACAACAUAUUUAAUUCUUUAGGUCAAGCUGAAAAUAUUGGUUUCAAUGCUGGUGUUAAUCUGAACAAUGAUUACAAACUUGAUGAAAAACAAGCGGGAUUAUCUAUUAUAUAUCCAUUGCCUUCCAAUCCAUCUUUUAAAAGCGUUUUAGCUUCAAAUUUUACUGAUAUUAAAAAAAAUAAAAAUUUUCAACCAGCAACACACAACCAAUUUAGUACUUCGAUUGGUGUCCAAAAAAAUUGGGCCAACAAUGUAUGUCCAGUUUUGUAUAACGGCUUAAGUUUUGUUAGAAGAGAUGAUAAAAGUUCCAAUGCUUUUUUGAAAACUGCCUUUGUAUCAUCUUUGAUCCUUGAUAAUAGGAAAUUCUUUAAUUCCUUCCCAACCAAUGGUUUUAAAUUGGAAAUUAACAACGAAUUAACUUUGAGUCAAUCAGAUAAGAAUACUUUUAAAAAAUUGAACAAUUUUAAUAAAUUGAAUUUUCAAGCUGAAAUUCACUCUCCAAUUAUCACUUCACAAAACCGAAUUACUGCGUCUUUACUAGGACAAUUUGAUCUAAUUCACGUCUUACAUGAUCCAAACAGCGAUGGUACCGAUAUUCCUUCAAUCGAUUGUAUUCAUAAUAUGGAUAUGCUAUACUUGAACGGAUUAAAAGGCUUCAAACCAAAUUUACAGAGCAAAUAUGGCUUGUAUUCCUUAAAAGGGUUGCUCUCUUAUAAAUUUCCAUACACCAAAAUAACCUCUCCUUUAAGAUUUCAAGUAUUUGGUCAUGUAGGUAAUGUUUUCAAUAACUGGCAUGAUGCAACCCAACUGCCUGCUUUUUCAGCCGGUUUUAGUUUAAUUUAUCAAUCAUCUAUUGCUGCUUUAGACUUAUCUUAUUCCAUUCCAUUAUCUAAUAGGCCCCAAGAUAUCGCCGAACCUGGGUUUUCUUUUGGAUGUGCAUUAUCAUUCUUCUAA